GUGCCAUGAGCAUGCUGCGAGUGUUGACCGUGGUUUGGAGGUGCGUCGGUCUCUCAUCCGCGGCGCUGGAAUGGGGCUCUUCGCUUCCAAGGCAUUCAGACGGGGAGAGGUGCUCUGCGAAUACACCGGCACUGUGCUCACUCUCAGGUGAGAGGGGGAACGAACCAUGGGGCAAGGCCAUCCAUCCAUCUCACACGGGGAGGGUCGAUGGAUCUGUGUGCCUUGUGUGGUGCAGGCAGCUGCUGCAGCAGAGGGACCGGACUUAUGUGAUGGGCGGCUUCGGACUCAACGCCCACAUCGACGCGGGACCACACCCAGAGGUCUGACAGAAGAAGUGUGUGGCACACAACUGAUGGUUGCCAUAGUCCAAGUGUUUGGUUGGCUGGCUGCCUGGCUGCGUGGCUCUGCAGGUGUUGGCUCGUUAUAUCAAUGACAACUUCGACAAGAGCAAGAUCAACGUCAGAUUCAACAAACUCAAGACCCUCAAGUAAGACCGCUCACCAGCCAUGCACAGCUGGCCACUCUGUAUGUGUGUGUGUGUGUGUGUGUGUGUGUGCAGGAGGGCCGAGGUGAUAGCUCUGCGCGACAUCGCGCCAGGAGAGGAACUCUACGCCAGCUACGGACAGGUAAACAGCUGCGCCAAACACACACACAGGUUGAAUGAACAUUGUGUGUGUGUGUGUGUAGGUGUACUGGCGCGGCUACGAGGCACGCCAGCAGGCCACGGCGGGCACUGCCAAGUGACUGACCAUUGGCCAUGAUGUGUGGUGGCCUGCUGCUGAUGUGUUGCAUGGAGGGUGCACAACGCACGACGAGUACCUCUGUUGAUAGAAGGGUCGGGGCACACUGCAUGUGGCGUAUGGAAAGAACUGUUCGUCGAACGCUGCCUGCUGUUGUACUGCUGCUUCCUGUGUCCAUCCUGUUGGUCUCUGUCGGUCCAUCUGCACACCGACAUGUAGGCGAGUGUAACAUUUCGCACGCACCUGGGUGCAGCACAC